UUUUAUCAUACGAGUAUGCGACAUGCGAAUUAAUGCCAUCACGGUUGAUACUUGAUAAUAUAAUAAUAUUAAUUAAUAUACUAUAAUUUUAUUGUAAUUUUAUUUUAUAUGAUCUAAAAUUCUAAAAUAGAGUUCAUUUUUACAGCUCUAGUCAAUAUUCUCUAUUUAUGUAUUAAUAUAUUUUGUAAUUACUUCAAUUUACAUCAUAAAUAAUGGAUGUGUCAUCAAACCCAACAACUUCACAAGCAAAUGAAACUGAAAAUCAGUAUCCCGAAGUAAGAAUUCGUCAAAAUCCUCAUAUUCAUCAUCAUGUGCACGAUGGAGUUCAAACUGAACAUAGACCACCUCCAAAUUGGAGAACAAGCAUAAAAAUGGAUGAAAAGCUAACUAUCUGUCGUAUAUAUUAUAUUGCCGGAUUUUUCUUAUUGCCAUUUUUUUGGUUGGUAAAUUUUGUAUGGCAUUAUAAUGAUGCUUAUUUAGCGGAACCAUUCGAAGAACAGCCACAAUUUAAGCGCUAUGUUCUGAGAUCAGGUAUUGGCUUCAUUUUUUGGUCUGUGUUACUUAUUGGUUGGGUAUUUUACUUUCAAACCCAAAGAAAUUAUUAUAAUUGGGACUAUCUAACCUUUAACUUUCCUACCGGAUCUGCUUGAAUUGAUCGUAGGAUUAACCUAUUCUCUAUUAUUUAAGUAUUUUAUUUUUUAUAUAAUAUUUUAUAACUAUUAAUGUAAAAAUAAAUAAAUUUUAUUAAAAUGAUUUUCAUAACAACAAAUAGUAUUAAUUUUUAAUUCUGUACCUGUUAAGAUGUUGGAUCAAAUAUUGUGUAUUGUAUAUCUUAUCAUUUAUGUCUUAAUAAAAAUUUCAAUGUA